GGAGGGACCGUCGGCUGGGAGGGUGGAGAGCAGACAGACCGCCGAAUGGGACAGACAGGAGCGAGAGGGAGAGAUGGGGAGGCAGACUGGGAGGUCAGUCAGGGCAAGCAGGAGGCCUGGAGCCCAGACGGGCGGCAGCGGGAGCGAUGAAGGGACAGUCAGAGACACUGAGAAACCGAGACCCACAGACAGAGACAGAGAGACAAAUGCCGGUAGGUGACCCUAAAAGGCCUGGGACCCCCAGGGAGUCGGCGGGGACCCAGAGAUGCACACACCCCGGGACCUCAACAGAGGCUGCUCGAGGGAAACUGAGGCAGAGAGCCCAAGGAGGUGUUUGCUGCCUGGUCCUGGUCGCGCUGAGCCUGUGGCCAGAUAGAGCUGCUGCCCCAGGGCCACCUCCUGGCCCCCCAAGGGCCUCCGCAGACCCUCGGGCUGAGCUGGACAGCGCCGUUCUCCUGACGCGCUCUCUCCUGGCGGACACUCGGCAACUGGCCGCACAGCUGAGAGACAAAUUUCCAGCCGACGGAGACCACAACUUGGAUUCCCUCCCCACCUUGGCCAUGAGUGCGGGGGCUCUGGGAGCCUUGCAGCUCCCCGGUGUGCUGACACGGCUGCGGGCAGACUUGUUUUCCUACCUGAGGCAUGUGCAAUGGCUGCGCCGGGCAGGAGGCCCUUCCCUGCGGACCCUGGAGCCUGAGCUGGGGGCCCUGCAGGCCAGGUUGGACCGGCUGCUGCGCCGGCUGCAGCUCCUGAUGUCCCGUCUGGCGCUGCCCCAGGCGCCCCCAGACCCGCCAGCACCCCCCCUGGCCCCGCCGGCCUCAGCCUGGGGAGGCAUCCGGGCAGCCCACGCCAUUCUCGGGGGGCUGCACCUGACGCUGGACUGGGCCGUGAGGGGUUUGCUGCUGCUCAAGACUCGGCUGUGAGCCACCAGCCACAGCCACCAGCAUUCUUCACCACCAGACCUUAUUUAUUUAUUUAUUUUGGGACUGGGGGCAUGGCAGCCAGAGGACCUCGUCCCCAUUAUCUCCCUUAGUUAGAGAUGGUUCCUCCAGGAGACCUGGGUGGGGGCAUCUGUGCCUUAUUUAUACUUAUUUAUUUCAGGGGGUGGGUUGGAGGCAGGUGAACUUGGAGAUCCCCAGGGGAAAGAAACUGGGGUCCUGGAUUCUUGGGUCUCUAAGAAGUCUGGCCACAGUGCCUCCCUGGAUUCUUGGGUCUCUAAGAAGUCUGGCCACAGUGCCCCCACUCCUCUGGGCCUGAGCAGGAGCACAUACUAUUUAUUAAACAAUUACUUUUUGUGUUGGGGUGGGGAGGGAGUGGGGAAGGAGGCCUGGGUUUUUGUACAAAAAUGUAAAAAACCUUUGUGAGAUGGAGAAGGGGGAAUUAAAUUAGACAUACACAUCCACUUAGAGGUAGUUUCUCUGAGGGCUGGGGGCUGGAUGCUGGGGCCCCUGGGGAUGGGGGAGAGAGGGAUCCUGAGCGGGCAUGACCACAGAGGGAAGACUGUCAGUGCCCUGAGGGACAAAUUCUGAGCCUCACCUGGUGCCCAGCACUUCGUAGGCACUCAAUAAAGAUUUAAUGGAAGGUUCUAGAAGGUCACCCUGACUGAUAGUACUCAUGCAAGACAAAACUGCACACUGAAGGUUGUUCAUGAUGGCAGUGUUCACAACAGCAACUCAAAAUCAACCUACAUGUCCGACAGUGGGGGAUAGUUAAAUAAAUUACAGCCAGUGUAACGGAACAGCCAUGACCAGCCACCAAGAACUAUGCUACAGAGGCGGCUUCACACACAGAAAAAGCGGGCUGCAAACCAUGGCGUGAUCCCUAUUUUGUGUUUCUCUUUCUCUCUCUGUAUAUGGAUUAAAAAAUAUCCUAGAAGGAACUAUGCCAAAA